CAAAUGGCUACCGCCAUACAAACAGCGCAUCGAAGCCAUCACCUGGUCAACAUGCGAAGCAGCGACAACGACAACAUCCAGACCCGAACCAUACCGAUCCUCACACCAACGAUUCAAAUGUCUGCCCCGUCCCCCGGCGAUCCGAUGGAUAUAUCGACCCCGACGAGCGCCUCCGCUCCCCAGUCGGCGAACAGGAGCCCAGAUAGCGAGCGCAAUGGCCUUGCUCCGAGUAGCGGAGCCAAAGUUGGCGCUGGGGAACAUAGAAGCAGUACUCCGAAGGCCGAGCAACAACAAACUACAAAUCCUGUUGCGAUGCCAGCCCCCGCGGCUGCUGCGGCGGCAGUACACCAACCCAAGAUUGUACAGACUGCCUUCAUACACAAACUUUACAAUAUGCUGGAAGAUCCCAACAUCCAACAUCUUAUCUCAUGGUCGCCAUCCCAAGAGAGCUUUCUCAUGUCGCCUUCAAAUGAUUUUUCCAAAGUUCUAGCCCAAUAUUUUAAACAUACAAAUAUCUCGUCGUUUGUGCGACAGUUGAAUAUGUACGGCUUUCAUAAAGUCAGCGACGUCUUCCACAAUGGGUCAGACUCGACGCUGUGGGAAUUUAAGCAUGGAAACAACAACUUCAAGAGGGGAGAUAUCAUUGGCUUGCGAGAGAUUAAGCGACGUGCCUCACGCCACGCGCUUGUGCACAAGGAGUACAACCAGCGGCCAACUCCUCCUCAACCCGGCACCCCAGCUGAACCAAUGCCAAUUCAGGAUGGGGCUGACCCGCGAAUCGCCAACAUGGAGAAUGCGCUCUACGACUUGUCCAUGCGGCUGCAGCGUAGUGAAGAAAGCUCACACUACAUGCACAUCAAGCAACAAGCUGCCAUGGACACGAUGGGCCGGUUGUUACAGCUGAAUCAGGAGCUAGCCCGCACAGUCUUGACUUUGGUUCCCAACCCUGACAACCCGACACACCGAGAUGUUGUUGCUUUGCAAGGAAGCCUGCAGCGGCAGGCAGACAUGAUCCGUACCUUGGAGGAGCCGCACGAUCAGCCACUUUCAAGCGGCCGGCAUUACUUCUCGCAGUUGGAAAAUGCGCCAGUGUCUCCUCGACAGGUGCCUCAGGACGAUCCGCGCCGUGCCAAUUUGACCGUGCCACCGCAUCGACCAUCAAACUACUAUCGGCCUCAGGUCCCCUCAAACUUGUCCCUCAACACUCGGCGCCCUUAUGGAUCCAUCGGUGCUGGCACAACCUCCCAGUCAUCGCCAUCUUCGUUGCGACCACAGCCCCCGCCGCCCCCUGCACCUCAGCAGCAUCCUCAGCACCCCUUGGCGAACGUCGAGCUUCCGCCAAGUAGCCUAGCUCGACGACACACAUCAGCAGACAUACGCGGACACGGUUGGCCUGUUCCCCAAGCGUCCCCGUCCGCGUCCGGUCCACCUUCGGGGCCCCCCUCGACACAGUGGCCUUCAUCACCCAACCGCUCGGUGCCCGCCGAUGACCAACGUAUCAGGGACUCAUUUUCCACAUAUUCGUUACAAAAUGCGACACCGCAGUCACACUCUAGGCCAGAGACCCCACCACCUCCGCCUUUUUCAAAUGGAGGCAGUGGCCUUGAUACCCUGACAAGCUGGACAUGGAACUCGGCCAGCAGUGGUAGAAGCGGGGGCCUGACCGUCAAGGACAGCUCAGGACCACCGACAAGGAGGGGGAGUAUGGCUCACAUACUGAACCCGACAGAUACCGCCGAGUCUCCUCACGAGGACAUGGAUGACCCUAGGGGCGACGAUGAUAGAAAGCGCAAGCGACUACAGUGA